AUGAGGGGGAGGCCGGCAGCUCACACUCCGCGCGUGACUAUUGAAGAGGAACAUAUAGACCACACGACGCAGACAUGGGUGGAUGAGGAAGCCAAGGCCGAUUAUGAAUCGAUUGACAGUAAUGCGCUCUUUUCCAAGGAAGUGGGUGUCAGCGAAGACUACGGACGCCAGAUCAUAUUAAUGAACAAAGCCAUCCACGAAGAUAUUGGAUUUGGUGCAUUUCAGAUAAAGCUCACUCUUCUCGCUGGCUUUGGUUGGCUUGCGGACAACAUAUGGUUUGCUGUUCUUGGUAUGACCCUCACACUCGUUGAUGGGGAAUGGGAUUUGACAGCCAAAGACAUAUCAUCAAAGUGGGCUACUUUUUCCUUAUACUCGGGCUUGCUAAUUGGAUCUCUUGCAUGGGGAUUCUUGUCAGACGUUAUCGGGCGCCGGCCGUCAUGGAACAUAACUCUCUUCCUAUCCGCAGCAUUUGGUAUUGCUGUCGGCGGUGCGCCGAGUUUCCCAGUCAUGUGUGUCUUGCUCGGUCUGCUGGGUCUUGGCCUCGGUGGGAAUCUUCCUGUUGAUGGUGCUAUGCUAAUUGAGUACAUCCCAGGUGCACAACAAUGGAUCCUCACAUUCCUCUCUCUUUUUUGGUGCGUAGGACAGCUUUAUGCAACGCUCAUCAGCUGGGCUUUCAUUACGAACUUUUAUUGUGAAGACAACAUCAACUGGGAUGGCACAGACCCUGCUAUGCGCCCGCCUUGUCUCAAGUCGGACAAUUGGGGCUGGCGAUACUCGUGGUUCCUGCUCGGGGGGACAGUCAUGAUCAUGUUCCUCAUUCGCUUCCUUGUGUACCCGGUGCCAGAGUCGCCCAAGUUUUUACUAGCAGCUGGGCGUGAGAAGGAAGCUUAUGACGUACUCGUUUUCAUCGCGAAAGAGAACAAGAAGGCGCCUAGUAUCACAUAUGAGCAGCUACGCCGUGCCAAGUAUUCAACGACCGUUCACGCCGAGCCUGCCUUGGUGGAGGAGCACGAUCCGCCGCUCGAACAGCCUGACGAGAUCAAGCCUGAUCACGCUAAAUCGCAUUUAAAUACCUGGUUUGAUCGUGCUUGGGGCACGAGCAGUCUUCGACCAGACCGAAUCCGCCAAACAUUGAAACAUAUGCAUCACUCACCCAUGUCUGCACUGUUCGCGUCGUCCCGGAUGGCGCGCAAUACCAUUUUGAUUUCCACGUGCUGGGGUUUGGUGGGUCUGGCAUACCCACUCUACAACUCAUUCAUUCCUACAUAUCUGAAACAGAUGAACCAUACUGGGGAAGCAAACCAGAGUCUGUCGGAACAGUAUCGGCAGCUUGUCAUAUUCGCUGCUUGUGGCAUACCUGGUAGCUUUUUUGCUGCCGCGGCUGUGGAACUCCCAGUCAUUGGAAGACGCGGCACUAUGGCCUUCUUCACGCUCCUCACGGGUAUCUUUCUGUUUUUGUUUACUACAGCUACGACCAACGAUGCCGUUUUGGGAUGGAAUUGUGCUGUGUAUCUCACACAAAAUGCUAUGUAUGCGGUUCUUUAUGCCAUCACUUAUGAAGUAUUCCCUGCGCCCCAGCGUGGCACAGGCGAUGGUCUUGCAAUGAGUGUGCAACGUGUGAUGGGCAUUGUGGCCACCAUCGUAGCAAUUUUUGCUUCUAAAAACGGGUUCAAACCACCCAUCUUUGUCUCGGCUUCCGCCUUUGUCGCUACGGCCAUUCUAAUGUUAUUCCUCCCGUAUGAGCCUCGAGGUACUACGGCCAUGUAG